AUGGCCAAGGUCGACGUCCCCCAGGAUCUCGUUGCGGUUUUUCAUGCUUCAUUUCACCCUACGAAAGGGAAUGUAAUAGAUUGGUGUAUCAAGGCUAGUGAUGAAUUGAGUCUCGAAAACCUCGAAUUCAGCGCGCUUCCCAGCGGCUUGCAUCUGGUGGAUGAGGACGUCGUAUACUUUGACAAGGACGGGCAGCACGGCGUCUGCGUCUUCCGACGGCGUAAAACCACCGAACACGGCCAACGAGGGUUCCGUCUCUCAUCUCUCGGCGUCCUGCUCGCCAAAUCUGACCGGCCACGGCCUUGGCGGCAUACAUCAGCUCUGAAGAACCUGAUCACCAUCAUCUACUCCAAGCUCGAGUUCAGCGGCAUCCUUGAGCCUACAGAAGAAGACUGGGAGCCGGCGAAGCAGUUCUUCGAGGAGCGGAAGGUAAAGCGCGCUGAUCUCGGCGGAGCGGGCGUCUGGGAUGGAUGGAGUCACGAUUUAUAUUCGCUCGACCCUUUGCUCAACCCGACUCUGCAUCUCACCCAUCUGCUGCGGAUCCUCGGCCCGUCGUCGCUGACGCUGUAUAAGCACGUUUUGGGGCGCCGCCGUAUCCUCAUCCUUACUCUUCCACCAGUAGAGGCUGCCUGCGUCCUCUGCCAUGUCGCUGCCGACCUCUGCUUCGAGGAGCAGGUCGACUACACCUCUCUCCAUCCCGGCUCAUCCCCCGACGUCCUCCCCAGGCGCCUCAAGGGCAAGUCUCGUCAAGGCAUCAGCGUUCUGGGCAUGGUCACGCUCAACGACCUCGACAGGCUCGUGCAGGAGGGCCAAACGGGCCGCGGCUGGAUUGCGUGCACGACAGACGCGAUAUACCUCGAGAAGCCAUCGUGCUACGAUCUCCUUAUUAAUCUAACGACGCUGUCCCCCAAUAAGUCGACGAGACCGACAUUCCAUGUGUCCAAACCCAUAUUAGACGCGACCAGCUCUCGCGGGCCGACUCAUCGCCUAUCCACAAUCCGCUUUGCUUGGAGUGACGUACGCCUGUGGAACGAAGUUGACCGCUUGCUGCAGCUCGACGCUGAGAAUGGGGGGUCCCACACCUGCUGCGCACCCCCAACCACUGCCGACGCCAAAUCGAAACUCGUCACCACGUGGACCGACGCGUGGCGCGUCUACGAGGACGUCUGCAUUAUGUGCGCCGGGCUCUGGAUGGGGUCGUGGCGCAACAACUCCGUCAUGUCGUACUCUUCUGCGAACGGGUCGGGCAAUUGGGGCAGCGUGCGGCUGGAGGGCGACGAUGAUUUGACGAUGCGCACUGUGGGCGCAGGUAUUGAGGGUGGGCCCAGUGCGCAGCCCAAGAAAUCGAGCGCAAUGUCUACGAAGUCGGUUGGCAGCCCUCCAGCGACACCGCGGUCGAGCAGGCACGGUAAAGGGCGCCAGGAACCCUCUAACAACUUUGUACCUGAGACGUCUCCGCCCGAGGACACUACGUGUGACAGGAGCGACGGGCAGACGCUGACUACGCUCGCCCUCCUCCAGACAUUCCACGCGCAUACAUGCUUCCAGCUCUCUCAGCUCGAGGCGUUACUCCCCUCUCAAUCCUCGUCCUCAUCUUCCUCUGAGCCCAUCUAUCUCUCCCCGAAAGACGUGUUAUCGUUCGAGCUGGGUCCCUGGAGCAGCCUCGACGCGCGCUACCUCGAGUGGCUCGCAGAGGAGUAUGCGGGCGGCCAGCGUGUCGUCGUGCGCCGUGGGUGGCGGGAUAUGCUGGGCGUUCUGUUCGGAUACUGA